AUGCGAGCUGUCCUACAAAUCUUUUGCGCACUAUCGGUAAUUGCUCGAAUAGGCGACAGUUGCUUAUCAAAUCCAAAUCUUCGCUGCUCGCCCACUCAUUACAGCUCGCAAUCGAGUCCGUGUAAACAAGCGGAUUACUCCGGGUCAACAGUGUACAAAACAGGGCAGUACAACGGCUUUUUGGGUCAAGACGUCUACGCUCGAGCUUAUGCGGGCAACGGGAAACAAAAGGAUUUCGCCAAGGAGGAUCUCGAUCUUCGGUGUCACGAUGACGAGUCGUGCAAAUGGCGAAAUGAGCCGAAAGACGAGCUUGACUGGGUUGUUGGUGCGGGAAAGAUUGAUCCUCCGAAAUUGGCAUUGAUCACUGGCUCAAAUAUUUUUCCAGAUCCUUGGUUUCUAAUCCUUGCCUCUGAUCCGAGACCAAACCACCAAGGAGGAGCGUUGAUUUCACCGCCAAUCGGAUGUCAACAAUCCUCGGGUCUUCUUUCGUUUCGCUUGUGGAAGAGCCGAAGUCGAGAGAGAAUGAUUGAGCCAAACCUCGAUAUUUGCACUCGAAAAAUACCAGAAGAAAAUCUGGAAAACUGUUUAAUGGUCAACUUGACGAACACCGAAAAUCAGACGAUCAUCGCCUCGAUUCCACCACAACUGCAGCCAUUUGAGAUCGUUCUGAGAGGCCACGAUUUCUCAAAUGAACCCGAAGGAGGCCUGCUAAUCAUGGAUCAAAUCGACUACUUUGCACAUGUGGACACACCGGAAAAUUGCAUAGGAAGGCAACUCGACAACGAAAAGGAUUAUGAAAUUGACGCAAAUGAAACAAACAUCCAAGACGAUGAUGAACUUUUGACGUUCAGUAUGGUGAACACAUCCACGGUCACUUUACCAUCAAUUUCUGAUCAAAAGCCGGAUUGGUGCAGUGUAAUCCCAUGCGAUUUCGACAUGAAACCUCCUUGUGGCUACACGACGAUCGGAAGAGGAGCACUUGGUGAUGGAUAUGAUAAAGGAUGGAAAAUAAUCACCGUCCCAUCAAAUAUCGCAAAUCGAUUGACUGGCAUUCAUGUUCCACCUGGCUCUAAAGAAUCAAUCGAACAAGAGAAAGCCGACGAGAAUCCAUUUUUUGUGGCUGAGUUUCCUGGGUUCAACAGAACGCGCAGAGAGCAUAAAUUUGUGCUGGAAGCGCCGGAAUUUGAGGGGCCGCUUGGGACAAGAGCUUGGCUUGGCUUUCAAAAGUACUUGGCUACGCAAGGGAUAGAGAUCGCCGUUUGUGAGGAUAUCAAUAUGAAGGCUUGUUUCUGGGACAAUUUCCUUCAAUCAGCCGAGCCUUUUGCCCGCUCAUGGACUAAUGAAAUCGUCGAGUUGCCGGAGAAUAUCAAUAAGUUUUUCAUUGUCGCCACUCAAGAUGUAUCAAUUCGAGCGAAUAAUGGCCAAGUGGGGAUUGCCGGGUUGACUCUCUUCGGGGAUCCCGAGGGGAAACGAAAAUUCUGC